GGCUUCUCUUAGUUGGCGACGGUGUCUCUCGCGAGGAGGAUCCGCCGCCGUACCGUCCCGGAUCCAAUAAUACACUUCGCGAGUCCGAUAGGUCGGCUAAGAUAUCCCUACGUCCUUACGAAAACGCGACGAUGGCAAGCUCCUCAGAGGGAGACACCGUUAAGCCGACGAAUACGAAUAAAUCAACGACGAAUGGAAUCAACCUUCUCGCGCCCGCGGAGGGUGCGAGAAAACGACGACGAUUAGAAUCCCUGACGACGAACUCGGAGAUCCCUAAGAAAACGCAGCGACGCGACGGACCGUGCAACUCCGAUGUCGAGGCGUUCGGCGAGAAGAAGGCCGAGCAUUCGGAGGAUAGGAAGGACUCGUCGUUACCGCGUCUGAGAAAGAAGCAGGAUCAGACUGCGGUGACAAACCCGCAGGACGCAAGAGUGCCGCGGGCUUGCGAACCGAGUACAGGACGGAACGAUGCGAACAGAUUGAGGAAGACGAUACAAUGGCUCGAGGAGGGAGCGCGAAGACUGCGCGAGGAUCUGGCGAACGUGCGAACGGAACUGCACGAGGAGCGGAGAGCGACGAAGAUCGCCAGAAGGGAAUUCGAAACUGCCCUCAGGGAAGCGAAAUUUGCCGAGGCCGCCAAGUACCAACCGAUCAUAGCCGAGCUGAAGACCAGACUCGCUCAAUUUGUGUCGCCGCUGCCGUCCCCUUCGCCGUCGCCGUCGCCACCUUUCAAAUCGGAUCCCGAGAAUCACAAGCGUGAACUGUCGGCCCUCAGAAAGCGCUUAGUCGAAGCUGAGAGCACGAUACGGAAACUCGAGUGGCAAUCGGUGAAAUCGCAAGCGAAUGUCGCUCGCAACGGCACUUCCUCCUACAGCGAUGUACGCCGUUUGGAAGCAGAAGUGCGGUGCCUUCGCGCCGAAAACGAGAAGCUCGAAGAAAAAUUGCGUAUCGCUCUAAACGCUGAAAAGACUCGUAUCGCUGAGAUACGAGUUUUACGGGAGAAUCACGAAGCAGAGCUUUCCGCAUUGCGAAAAUCGCUACGCAGCGAAACUAUAAAAAUGAUGGAUGAACUGCGAGGCAAGAGCCGGGAGAUCGAGAAGCUGUCGAAACUCUUGAAACGUCGGAAAUUGGCGCCGCCGGUGGAGCGCGAUACGAUGCGGAAGUUACGGGAGAACGAGAGGAAUCGACCGAUACGGCCAGCAUCACGCAUAGAGAAGAAGAUUUUCACGGACGACGGUCAUACGGUGGGGUCAUAUGUCCACGCCGUAGAAUCCGACGGAGCCAUAAAUGAAAUCGAGGUCGAGCGCCUCCGUGAACUCGCGCUCGAGCAGCAGGAAGUCAUCGAGAUACUUAGACAGGCAGUUAAGGAGAGAGAAAGGAAACUGGAACAGCUAUCGAACAAAAAGAAGAAGGAGGAAUUUUAUAAACAAUGGCUCGAAUUGGAACCGGUAGCCGAAGUAGAGGACGAAGAGGACCACGAAGACAAUGACAGCGCCCUAUCGAGCGCCCCGUCCUCGAUGUCGCCGCAACCCGGAGGCUACGGUCAAUGGCAGGGUAAUGGUGUCACUAGAGAAGCGUACGAGGCCGUUCUCGUCGAGAUCGAGGAGUUGCAAUCGAAGCUCCUUCGGGAGCAGCGAGAACUGUCGCGUGCCAAAACUCAUAUUUGCGAGUUGGAGAAGGCACUCUUGCAAGAGAGAUGCGGCGAUCGCGACAAAGAGUUGAACAAGUUGAAUGACAAGCUUCGAGCCACCGAAGAGCGAGAAGCCAGGCUCUUAGUGGAGCUUUCGGAGAUACGAGAACAGAAUGAGCUUCUGGAGUUCCGGCUACUCGAAUUGGAGGAAACAUCCGCGCGCAGAGACAGUCCCGAUCACACAGUGGACAGCGGCAUCGUCUCGCCGGAACCCACUCACGCAAACAAGGAUCACUCAACGAACAAACAGAGGAGUCGCGCAGUGGCUACCGUUAUACCAUACACGAAUAACGCUACAAUGAAAUCUACGUCGCCCGUGUUGCCACGUAAACCACCACUGACUCUUCAGGAAAGCGGUAUCUUCGAGGAGGAUGAAGAGCAGGAGGACGAGGAGGAAGAGUCCGUUGAGCUGACUAGUCGCGGCACGCAGACGGAAGUGCCAUCCGGCGAGCUUCUGCAGGAAGUGCAGCGUCUCCAGGAGCUACGGGCGCGGAUCCAGGAGCGCGCGGCUAAGAUCGCGACCCCGGUCUUCCAUCCGAUCGAUUCGUCUAAGAUCUGCCUCGACGUGUCGACGGUGGACUCGAUAGUCCAACUGACAUCCUACCAGGAACGCGUGCGCGACCUCGAGGAGCGACUCGAAACGCACGAGGAGGCCGAAAAGAACCUAGUGCGGGAGAAGCAAUUGUCGAAACAACGGGAAGAGGAACUGCUCGACGAGAACUACAAACUUACGGAGAGGAUAUACUGGUUGGAGAACGAGAUGCGAAACAUCGCGGAAUCCAACGAGGAUAACGAUGAGAGCAAAGGCGAAAUAACUGUCGCGCAGCGGAUCGAAAAUAUCGAGCAGAAUAAACGUGAGCUUUCGGAAAAUUUGGAAGCUGCGCAGAAUACGCGUACGAAUGACGCGGAAUAUCAUCAAUGCCAGAAUCAGGCUAAUGCGGAAAAUUUCGAUCAGCAAAGCGCCUCGGAAGUACAAUGUAACGUCACGCUUGUAUCCCUAGAGAAGAGGAAGAAGGAAGACGAGAUGGAGCUCCGUGAACCCCAAGAGCCGGUCGUUAUCGAUUUUACCGAAAGCGACUCGGGAAAGAAGGUUAGACGAAGGCGAAUUAACAGUAACGAGCGCGUGAUGCGGUAUACGCGAAACACGGAUUUGAGAGCAUCGAACGUCGGGUACAUGCGCGACGUCUCCUUCCGGCGACGGAAUUAUUCGUUGGUCCUGUAUCAGGAGAUUUGCGUUUAGCCUCUUUAUAUCGUCGUGUUUCUUAACAACGAACUCUAGGAAGAUGGGCGUGAGAUCAUCGAUAGCAUUGUCUUAGUAAGUUGUCCGUUGUAAUACCGUUUCUUUCAUAUCGAAGAGAGUUGUGCUCGCGUCGCAAGUCCCUUGAUGUGUCCCGCCCCGAGUUGAUGUGUUAAUUUUGAGAAGAAGCUGGGAACUUCCCCGCGAUAAGAGGACCGCGCGUGUGUUCUCUCCGGAGCGACGGCUUCCAGAAAAUAACGGCGAACGGAAGAAGACCGAGGUCGUGGAGAAAGAGUGCGGAUGGUGAGGAGGUGAGGAGGAGAGAAGAAGGAAAGCUAACCGACCGCAUAUCUACAUUGUGUCUUUGAGCAUACAUAUGCGAGACAAACGGCCGACGAGUUCGGUUCUAUUCGGCUCGAGGCGAAAGAGAGAGAGAGAGAGAGAGAGAGAGAGAAAGAGAGAGAAUAUCGAGGAAUAAUACUUGCUCUACCUAUCAAGCGCCUAACGAUGUGCGAAAAUCCUGGAUCGCCAGCUGAUUUUAAAACUGACCCCAGGUGAUCUACUUUCGUUGGAGAUAAAGGCGAGAAGGUUCUCCGUCAUCUCUCGUCGUCGCAGACUCCGUCUAUCCGUCCACCCACGAGUUCCACGGAAGAGUCAACGAACCCGUGGGUGAAGCCGCGGCACGAACGAGGACAAUACGGCUGGCGCUGCUUGGUGUGCCCAAGUGACGAUCAGAAAUAGUACGUCCCCAAAAGACAUGGGCACCCGCGGAUCGAACCCCGAACUAGCGACUCCCGGUUUGGCGUAUUUCACCUCUCCGCGUCACGGCCAAUCUUUUCGUAAAAGCUGUGAAAUCAAGUGCCAAAUAAGCCGUAGAUUAAAAACAUCUCUUCCACGCGAGCGUAAGUUAAAUCGUUAUUCCGAAAUAUAUAAUUGUGUGUUUAUAUUAGAGAGAUAUCUACGCCCAGAGAAAUCGGAUUGCGCUAAACGGAUGUGCCCUUGCCGAACGGAUGUGCCCGAAAUGCAUCCCACUGAAUUCCUGACGAAUCUUUGCCAUGUUGAAACUUAAAUGCGCGUCCCGACGCAGAUUUAAAUUUGAAAUGACGAUGAAGGGGAUUUUGCGCGAGCGAAUUUCGGAUGACACGUAACUCAGGUGUAUCUCAAAUUAGCGCGCGGCCCGCAACGUUACGAUGCAUACGUGAACGAUCGACAAAGGCGUGUCUGUGCGGCGUCACUCGCACGGAACAAAGAUUCUACUGUAUCCGUAUUAGCGAUAGCGAUUAUCGGAGCUUCUGCUAUAUCUCUAUCACACUAUACACCGCGUGCAGAAUCGUUUGAGUAAUCGUAGGAAAGUAUAUAUACAUAUCACGGGGAAUGCAUAAAGAAAUAUCCCUCAACGAAUCAAUUCGCUCGCCUGAAUAUCUUCCUCCAGUUGUUUUCUUACACGCAAAUUUCACGCGAUCAAGUGUACAGUAAAAAUUACAUAUCGAAUUGAAUCGAGAAACAACCGCGAUGCAAACUGCAGAAUAGUCUUUCACGAAUCUUAACUUUUUUCACGAAUAUUAACGAAACUAAACUCCAGGCUUGAGCCUUUAUACCCGAAAAUAUACGUGUACGCGCGUGCUUCCGCAUUUAAUCUUUAUUGAUUAUAUACAAGAGAAAGAGAAAGAGAGUUGGUACAAUAUGUAUUAGAAUAUAAGCGACGUGCCUCUAGUCCUAGCCUCGUCGAGCACAAUGAGUGCGCUUUAGUAUGUAUUGAUCUUGAGUGACGGUAGAUUUAGUGUCUUUAGUUUCGCAAGAAGUGUGUAUAUUGAAAAGCGCUUACCCGUAUUUAUACUAUGUAAAUUUUCGAAACGGAACCGACUCGGUCGUGCUCGAUCGACCGCGACGGCGGAUUCGUCUCACUCCGAGUCGUUUCGUAUAUACAGAGUUGAUUUUAUUCGUCAUGUGUAUCUGCAAGAAACGUAAUCUCGAAUAAAAUUGUCUACCUUAGA